GCCAGGGGGCGGAGGCCCCUUCACGCUCCCGGCUGCUUGUUGUGGUUUACAUCACUUCCGAGAGGAGACGCAUGCGCUGGAGAGGGACAGUUCCAGCGUGCUUAUCGUUUACUAAUCUAUUUAUCAGUGGGAUUUGAUAUUCAUAAUAGUCCUAGCACAGACAGACUGAUCAGAUGUCGGCGGAGGAGGAGGGUUACCCGGCGGAGAUCCAGGAGCAGCUCACCGGCUUCGAGUCCUCGGUGGGGGUGAUCAACAGCAUGCUUCAGACCAUGGUGUCCAUGCCCCGGAACGACCUGCUGCAGAAGCUGGACCCCCUGGAUCAGGCCAAGCUGGACCUGAUGUCGGCCUACACCCUCAACUCCCUCUUCUGGAUGUACCUGGUCACACGAGGGCAGAACCCGAGGGAGCACGGGGUCAAGCAGGAACUGGAGCGCAUCAGGGGCGUCAUGACGCGGGUGAAGGACAUCACAGACAGGAAGAAGGCGGCUCGUCUCGACAAGGGUGCCGCCGCCCGCUUCCUGAGACACGCCCUCUACGACGCCGAGGAGGGCAGGGCCAAGAGGCCCACGCCGGGCCGCGCCCCCAAGGCCCCCACCCCCCAGACGGGCCAUGCCCCCAAGACACCCACCCCCCAGGCAGGCCGCGCCCCCAUGACCCCGACCCCCACGAAGAAACCCAGGAAAAAAUGAACACAUGAAUGGACAAAUGAAUGGAUGAACACAUGAAUGGGUGAACGCUCGGAUGAUGAACAGGUGGACGAUGAACACAAGAUUGGGUGAACACAUGGAUGAUGAACACGUGAAUGGUUGAACACAUGGAUGAUGAACACGUGAAUGGUUGAACACAUGAUGGAAGAUCACAUGAUCACACGAUGGAUGAACACAUGACGGAUGAACCCAUGAUGUAUGAGGUGCUGGCGGUGGUUCAUGGCUGAUGUCCCACAUCGUGUCGGCUCUCUGAACCUCUCCUCUGUGAGGACUGUCAUGUGCAUUGCUAUGGAAACAUAAGCUACGAUUGCAACAUGUAUGUAACCAUGGAAACAUGUCUGUAACCUUGGAGACUUGUGUGUUCCAGUGUUGUCAGUGAUGGUGGUUUUGCAUUGGUUGCUUCGUCACUUGUGUUUCUGUCUGUGAUCUGAAGGACUUUUAAUAAAUACUCUAGCCUA